UGGAGGUCUAUUUGGAGGGGCCUUCUAAUUCUAGUGUCACUAGUGAGGAAAAUGACUUUAUUGUGGUAAUGGAGGAUGAGAUAAAUACUAGAUCUAGCACUAGAUCUAGAUCUAGCUGGCCUCAGACAUUAGAUCUGUUAGAAUUAGAUUAUUUAGAUGAGAGUUCUUUACCAGAAAAUAGUCAAUGUGUGAUGCAUGAAAAAAGUUUUACCAUUGAUGAAGAGAUGGCUGCAACUGAAAACAGAGAGCUUGUUGCAAUGACUGAAGAUUCUAGAAAUUUGCUUCAACAUACAGAGGACAGCUGCUCAAAGGUGAAGGAACAAGGCCUUGUGGUUGGAAAAUAUGAAACUUUACUUGAUUGUUUCUCAGAGCCUACUGAGCCUCUACUAAAUGGUUAUUUUCUUCACAGUGUGAAAUUCUCUAAGGCAAAAAGUAUUUCUUCACUGUUCAAACAAUUAGCAGAGAGACAUAACCUCUGUGAUAUAAAUAACUCAGUAAUUUGGAAAAGAUUUUUUGCAACUGUUUUUAAACUAAUAAAAACUGUCAAACAAUUAAGAAAGAAUAUAAUAUCUAACUGGCAAAGACUUGUGGAGCUGUUCAAUACUCCUUUCCGUUUCAAUAAAUCUAAUGAAAAAUACACUAAAAAACAAAAUUCAUUAGCCGUUCAAAGUUUCUUCAAAUGUUGUGUUGAUCCAAGUUCUUCUGCUGGUAAACAGAUGAUCACAAAUGGAGAAAGUAAAUAUGGUCUAAGAAUAAAACCCAGCUGUUCUAAGUGUCCAAAGAUUAACAAAGAAUUGCUUCAGAGUAAAAAGACAAUUAAAAACCUUAGACAAAAAUUGCGCUGCCUUCCAAUAAGUCUCCCAAGAAUACAAAAGCUGCAGGAGGCUUUACUGAGCACAUCCAGAGAAAAUGAGAAGUUGAUGUCAAAAUUACAAGAAAUUUCUGAUAUGCAUCACAACUUGCUAAUAAAUGUGCAGUUAAAUAACAUUGAAAUGGAGGAGCUGAAAGCAGAAAAUGCCUCACUGAAGGCCGAGAAUAAAAAGCUGGUUGAAGAAAACACCACAAUGAAUGAGAAGCUUUCUACUGAGUUAAUUUUACCUUUUACUUUUAAAAUGUCUUAACUUGAUUAAAAUAAACAGUGAGUGUUUAAUAUUUGACAAUGUUGAGUGUAUUUCCUCAGUUAUUCAGAUUAUCCUAUUACUUUUUAUAGUAAGUAAGACCUGUAAAGUGUCUUCAGCUCUAGGAAUCAUUACCUUUACCCAAGUCAUUACUAUAGAUAGAAUAAACUGACUUUUCAAAUGACAUACACCACCCCUAUUGUUGAUCUCUAUGUGUAAAAAAAAUUAUAAAUAAAUAUUUUUUAUAAACAUGUUUAAUUAAUUUUUAUAUUUAUAUAAUAUAUAUUUUUUUUGCAUUGUCCUUGCAGUCAUUUUAACAUAUUUUUUGAGGGAACGGUUGUUGUAGUAAGAUUUAUUAUAGUAUAGCUUAUGAUUAUAGGUGACAGUAUUUUGGGCAUAACUAAAUGUAACCACUUCUAAAUCCACCCCUCUCUAGUUACACUUUAUCAGAAGAGUGGAAACUACACUAUCAAAAUACAAACCUGCUCAGAUUGUGUUUCUUAUAUGGACAAUAAUUGCUAUUUAUUUUCUAGGUAGUCAAUUACGUCUGUGGGCUAUUUUACAUUUAAAAAAACAGGCUAGAUGACUGACCAAAUUGAGUGGACUAAGUUAUUCUAGCUAGGAACCUGAACUCGAGACUUUCAGGUUAGCAGUCAAAUGUUCUUCCAUUUGACCAUUUUUUGUUGAAUGUGAGUUUUAAAGUGACAUAACUGAUCCAGAACUAUAAUUUGCUUAAUAUAAGUUUCAUUAAUUGUGCUCUUACGGAGUAGGCAGCACCUUCAAGAGCAGGCACUCCCCUUUUGUCACCACCCCAAUCGCUGCAUCUGUACAUCUUUAUCACAAGCUUAUUGAGGGGCUUAACCACCAGUCUAGGUUUAUACAGCGGGAGCUUAAUACAUGUGCUAUUUUUUAGAAUUUGAAACUACAUUUGUAUUUGUGAAUAUGUACCAGACACGUUACCUUGAUGUUUUUCUUUUUUUUUUUUUUUGCUGAAUCACUUUUGCAUGAACAUCUUUGAAUUGAAUUGCUAACUAAAAUCAGGAUCACCAUUAUUUUUGUUAUGUGAUUUUCCACAAAUGAUUUCGUUCUGUGACAUUUAAAAGAUUUUUAAUGCAUCACAUGUUUGGUCUUUGUAAAAGACCUACAUUUAUAAAAAAAAAUCUGAAUCUAAAAGUUAUCCUUGAACCGGAUAAUCCAUUUGGUUGGUGAAGUAGAGUUCACUUUUUUGUUACUUCUGCACGAUGCUCUACUUUCCUUAAUAUGUGUCAGUUAGCCAUCGAGCCCUGGAUCCAAACUUGUGAUAUAAUGGUUAGCUGUCAUGCGCUUUACCAUCCAACCUUGCCAUCCCUUGAAACUAAUACUAUACUUGUACACAUUCUGGGAAUAAUUUGUCCCUAUGAUUUAUACAAUUGAAUGUCAACAUUGCCUAGGUCUCUAGUUUUUUUUUAAGCUAUUAGCAACAAACAUUGAUAGCAACAUAAUUUAUUUACUUAGAAAAGUCAUAAAAGGGAACAAACUGUUUCAAUAUGCAUAUUAAUUCAUUACAUUUUUUAAAAACUUGUUUAAUACACAGAGUAAAAGAAAAAGGACUUGUGGUUGGAAACUACAACUCUCUACUCGACUGUUUCACAGAACCUACAGAUCCUCUACUGACUGGGUAUAUUGUUCGCAGCAUUCAUUACUCCAUCGUGAAAAACCGGAGUUUAGUGUGUAAACAAAUAGUAGAGAGACAAGCUCUCUUUGAUAUUAAGAAUAAAGUAAUUCUGAAAAGGUUUAUAGUUUCAGUUUCACACCUAAUGAAAAAAGUUCUGUGUUUAAGAAGGAAACAAAUAAUUAACUGGCAUAAACUUGUGGAGCUGUUAAAUACUCCUUUCAGUUUCAAUACAUCUAAUGAAGUAAAAGACACUAAAAAACAAAAUUCAUUAGCCAUUCAAAGUUUCUUCAAAUGUUCUGUUGAUCCAAGUUCUUCUGCUGAUAAACAGAUGACCAUAAUUGGAGAAAGUAAAUAUGGUCUAAGAAUAAAACCCAGCUGUUCUAAGUGUCCAAAGAUUAACAAAGAAUUGCUUCAGAGUAAAAAGACAAUUAAAAACCUUAGACAAAAAUUGCGCUGCCUUCCAAUAAGUCUCCCAAGAAUACAAAAGCUGCAGGAGGCUUUACUGAGCACAUCCAGAGAAAAUGAGAAGUUGAUGUCAAAAUUACAAGAAAUUUCUGAUAUGCAUCACAACUUGCUAAUAAAUGUGCAGUUAAAUAACAUUGAAAUGGAGGAGCUGAAAGCAGAAAAUGCCUCACUGAAGGCAGAGAAUAAAAAGCUGUUGGAAGAAAACACCACAAUGAAUGAGAAGCUUUCUACUGAGUUAAUUUUACCUUUUACUUUUAAAAUGUCUUAACUUGAAUAAAAUAAACAGUGAGUGUUUAAUAUUUGACAAUGUUUUACCUCAGUUAUUCAAACUAUCCAAUCAUUAAAAUAGGUUUAUGUUUCUAAUGAACCAGUUGAUGUCAGUCUCUAGGAAUUAUGUUUUUACCAAAGUCAUAACUGUAUUUAAAGUGAACCUACUUUUUGACGAGACUUUUAUAAAAUGCAUUACUCCUUUAGUGGAUCUGUAAUUAUAAGUGCAUUUUUAAAAUUCAUUAAACAUGUGUUAAUUUGUAAAUU